CAACACGUGGUUUGAGCAAGACGGGAAAGAAGGCGAGGAGGUCGUGGGGUCGUGGCUGACUCUCGCGCGUUGUAGUGACAGAUUGGCAGUGAGAGAGUGACUGUGCUAAGAUGAAGAGGGACGUUGCUGCCAAGUACUCUGCGUUGAGGAUGACGCCAAGCAGAGUCCUCCCGUGGGUGUACCUCGGGGUGAUGACCUACACGUACAUGGUGGGAGAGCUGAGCCACUUCCUCCUGGGCAUCGUGUCACGUCCCAUGAGCCAGGAGCUGCACUAUGGGGACCUGGCAUGCCUACCCAACCCCGAGGCGGCCACACAGUCUAACUCCUGCCGCGACAUUCACAACGAGACACAAUGCAGUACCUUUCUGGAGGAGGGCAGCAUAGACAGCGCCGGCAACAUUACCACCUGUGUAUGGGACUACUCGGGGUUGGGUCUUCAGUACCAGGUGUUGGCCGGUCCUGCCUUCGUGGCCGUCUUCACCACCUCAGGAGUGCUCAUUGGUGCUAUCGCGGACAGGUUCAACAGGAAGGUUGUGGUGACGAUAUGCUGCGGCGUGCUUACCUUUGCCACGGGGAUGACAGGGGCAGCCAUGAACUACUGGCAGCUGGUGAUUCUACGCAUGCUCAUGGGCGCUGGGGAGUCCUCCUUCACCCCGGUCUGCAGCAGCAUGAUAUCGGACCUGUUUCCCGAGUCCAUCCGUGCCUUGGCCCUCGGAGUCUUCAACUGGGGCAUCUACCUCGGCUACGGUCUAUCUUACGCUGUGGGGAACUUUGUGACGGCAGCUGACAUCGGUGGUCUGGGGUGGCGGUGGUCGUACAUCUUCACGGGCAUGGGGGGUGUGGCCACCUUACUACUGCUAGUGGUCGUGAGGGAGCCGCCGCGGGGAGCUCAGAGCGAAGCCGGGACGAGCAAGAACGAGGAGGAGAAGGAGACUAAUUUUACAGAAGAUCCGCGUGCCACUGGAGAGACUGUGGGCGUGUCCUCUGAGGUGCUUGUCGAUGAGUCCACCAAGAGCAGCCUGAAGGACGUGGUGAAGUCACUAGCCAAACCUUCAGUGUUGUGUCUGGCCUUCGCUGCGUGCUUGAGACACACAGCUGGGUUCUCGUGGGCGUACAACACACAGCUGUACUUCCUCACCUACUACCCUGAUUUCAACUUGGGGCUGUGGGUGACCGGCUGCUCCAUCAUCGGCGGCUCCCUGGGCGUGGCUGUUGGGGGCUUCGUGUCUGACCGUUUGGUGAAGAGACUUGGGCUCCGGGCUCGUCUUUAUGUCUUAGCUGGCAGUCAGUUCUUGGCCACGCCCUUCGCUGCUGGCGUGCUGUUCUUCCCCCCACCAGGAGCCUUCUUCUGCCUCCUCGCAGCGUAUAUAUUUGCUGAGAUGUGGUUCGUGCUCUUCGCCGUGCUGCUGGAGUUGGUGUCAGGCUCCGUCCAAUCCACUGCCCUCGCCGUCUUCCUCUUCGUCAUGAACAACGUCGGUGGAAAUCUGCCCGUGGUGGUCGACCCUCUCACUGACCUAGUCUCCUACCGAGGCGCCCUCAUGAUCAUGUACCCCGGAGGAUAUCUGGCCAGUUCCGUUGUCUUUCUCCUGACGAGCUUCCUGCUGUGAGGGGAGGUGAGGAGCGUGCUGGUGAUGAGGGAAGGCGGAAGGAAGGAGUAGCACUGUUGACCCUGAAGACCCUGAGGGCAGAGACACGCACUAGGGAACAAAGUCACUGGCAUGGGUAAAUCUAUUGUAUUAGAGAUAGACUUGGGGUUGUGUGGCAGACUCCCUUCUGCUGCGGAGAGAGGAAUGUAAAGGUGGGGAGUGUACAGUAUUGAAAAGAGUUGAGGUUAAAAUCUUCCGUUAUAGCAAGGCUGUGAUAACUAGAGUCUAGACUUCAGAGGAAACCAACUGUGUGUGUGUGUGUGUGUGUGUGUGUGUGUGUGUGUGUGUGUGUGUGUGUGUGUGUGUGUGUGUGUGUGUGUGUGUGUGUGUGACAAUUUAUGAAUUCACUGUCCUAAGUACAAUCUGAUUAUAUCUAAUGUUACAUACGUACGCACAUCAUGAUAUGGGAAGUCGACAUAGGAAGUCUCAAUGGUCGUGUUGGUGGACUGGGAUGAUCAAAAUAACAUGUCUGGAUACAGGAAACAUAAUGUAUGUAUGUACAUAUAUACAUACAAAUUUUAACAUACUCACCAAAGUAAGAUAAAGAAAAAGUUACAGAAAGCUGAUAUAUUUUUCUAUUUGUUAUUUUAUGCAGAUGGAAUUAUUAAACAUUCAUAUUUUAGUCUUUUACGUGGUUUGUAAAUAAGAAAAAUAACGUUAUAUUUGUAUACGUUAAUAGUUCAUUUUACUUCAUCGUGAACUGGGCAGGGAAUUGUUUGCCUGACUCAUGACACAAUACCGUGUUGCGACAAUGGCUGUGCUGUGUGAACGACACUGAAGGGUUAGCCUGAUUCUCCCUCGUGUGAAAUGCUGCCGCCACUAAGGCUGUGGCUGUGGCAAGGAAAGAGACAUUAACCAUUGCAAAACAAGUACUUAUAUGUAUAUAUUUGACAUUUUAUAUAUUUUGUGAUUUAGAUAACUUAUGUCAGUUACUAUUUUAAGUGUUGUAUCUUUCUUAAUAUUUGUCUUUUAUGCAUAGGUUUAAUACACUGUUCCGAAAAGAUUCCCAACACUCCCAGAAAGAUGCUUGGAAGAUUUAACCACAUGAUUACAAAGCUGAUUUUAAAAAAUAACGAAUGUACUUCUUCCAAUCCAUGUAUUCAUUAAUUUCAUGUCGAUUGCACAAGAGAUAACGUGGUAGCCUGCUCACGCUGAAGCCACAUUGCACGCUGGAGUCUGUCCUGAAACAAUAUCUUGCGAUUCAUUAGCGUUAAACUGUAAUCUGUUAGCUUUUUAUGAAGAAUAACAAGUGUGUGUGUGUGUGUGUGUGUGUGUGUGUGUGUGUGUGUAUGUUACAUCUAGGUGAUCUACAUGAGAAUAUAACAAAUAAAAUAACGUUUAUUAUAUGAA